CAUUAAAAGCAACGACUUCGAUUUAGUAAUAAAUGUAAAUCUAGUUCAAAGACCCCAAGUGCACUCUUUUUAAACAUGCGGCUGUACAGUUAGAUUUGAGUGAGAUAUUCAAAAACGCGAGCAGUGAUGCUACAGGAUCCAGCAGGACUUAUUAUUGUGCUUGUGUUAUAGAAGAGCUGCAAUACUGAAGCAGAAUUAUGCAUUAAAAGAAAGCUAAUGUUUCAUCUUGUCUAAAAUGGCAUCGGAUGACUUGCUUGCGAAGAGGGAAAAAAUCCAGAGGGAGAUUUUGGCUCUUGAGAGUUCUUUAGGUGCAGACAGCAGCAUCAUAGACCUACUGUCAUCUGACAGUAACAGUGAUGAUGAAUCUGAUGACAGUGUGCCUGUGAUUGAAGGAUUGCAUGAUGACUUGGAGACAGAGAGGCAGCGGAUUCAGAGGGAGAUUGAGGAGUUGGAAAAUACACUUGGUGCUAAUGCAGCACUGGCUAACGUAUUGCAGGACAGUGAACAUGGAACUGAUUCUAGUGAUGAAGACAGUGACGGGGAUGAUGAGUUGAAUCUUCCGCAAAAUGUGGAGACUUGCCUGCAAAUGAAUCUUGUCUAUCAGGAGGUGCUGAAAGAGAAACUAUCUGAGCUGGAACGGCUCCUCAAAGAGAAUCAACAGCAACAGAAAGAGAUUAAGGCUCAGCUCUCUGGCCCAAGCACGUCUAGCUCCUCCGCUCAAGGACUUCCCUCUCAGAAACUUUUUCUUGGAUACUUCAUGAAGCCUUACUUUAAAGACAAACUCACCAGUCUGGGCCCUCCAUCAAAUCCAGAAACUAAAGAAAGGCUAAGUCACGGUACCAGACCGAUUGAUGAGCUGAAAAUAAGAAGAUGGGAGGGUUGGCAGAAGACUUUGCUGUCUAACGCAGUCGCCACAGACAUUAUGAAAAGGAUGCUACAACCCAAACUAUCCAAGCUGGAGUAUUUGAGUGCCAAGAUGUCUAGAGUUGAGGCUGAGGGAAAAGAGGAGUUGAAAAAGCAAAUUGAAUUAAUUGAGCAAGAAAUUGCCAAAAUAAGCACCCUGAAAGAUGAUCAGCUGGUGGGCAAACAACAUGACGAUCAUGACUGGGAGAAAAUAUCAAAUAUUGACUUUGAAGGUUUGAGACGGGCUGACGAUUUGAAAAGGUUCUGGCAGAACUUUUUGCACCCCUCCAUUAACAAGUCGGUGUGGAAACAGGAUGAGAUUGAUCAACUGAAAGGAAUUGUAGAAGAAUUCAAUUGCUGCCAUUGGGACAAAAUCGCAGAGGCUCUUGGGACAAACAGAACGGCCUUCAUGUGCUUCCAGACCUACCAGCGCUACAUUUCGAAGACCUUCAGAAGGAAAGAGUGGACACCGGAAGAAGACCAGAUCCUCAAAGACCUUGUUGAAAAAAUGAGAAUCGGCAACUUUAUUCCUUACAUACAGAUGUCAUAUUUCAUGGUGGGCCGUGAUGGAUCACAGCUGUCAUAUCGCUGGUCGUCCGUUCUGGAUCCCUCUUUAAAGAAAGGUCACUGGUCCAAAGAGGAGGACCAGAUGUUGCGAAAUGCUGUCGCAAAGUAUGGCACCAGAGAAUGGGGGAAAAUCAGAGUAGAAGUGCCAGGCAGGACCGACGGUGCUUGUCGUGACAGGUAUUUGGAUUGUCUUCAGGAGAAUGUGAAAAAGGGGCCUUGGAGCAAAGAGGAGGUGGAACUACUAAAACAGAAGGUGGAGAAAUAUGGUGUUGGCAAGUGGAGUAAGAUUGCCUCAGAGAUCCCAAACCGGGUUGACUGCCAGUGCCUGAACAAGUGGAAAUUAAUGACAAAACCUAGUCAAAAUAAAGGCACAAAAAGAGAAAUGAAGCAAACAACAGGACAACAAACAGCAAAAAGACGAAAAGUGUUAAGAAAAAUUAGAAUGGAAAUCUGCUCCAGCUCUGAGGAUGAAAAAUCACUGAAGUAUAUGGACAGUGAUGAUGAACAAGAUCCGCCCUUAGUCGAAGAUGUGGAAAUACCACGAAAGCACUAUGUACAGCCAGAUAUGAAGAAAUGGAUACCUACGAACACACUGCUUCUUCCUCAAGGAACUCUCAGGACAGCGUGGGUCCGUCUUCCCACCGAUGAGGAGGAACUACAGGAAUCCACUAAAGAAUCUGGGUUAGGCCGCAUUCGAUCAGAGGAGAGCAAGUGUCCGAAAGUCAGAUCCAUUUUGGUGCGCAACACCAUCCUGAACCGUUUUGGAUACAUGGAAAGAACUUAUGUGGGUAUGAAUCCUGUUGUUCUGCAGAGACAGACGGACGAUGAGAAGGCCAUGAUCAAGGUGGCAGGGAUUGAUAUUAAACUCUUCAUGCAGUGGAAGGGAGCAUUGAGUCCAGGAAAUAAAAAGAAAGUCCAGGGAUGUCCAGGAAAUAAAAAGAAAAGAAGGAUGGUUCAGGACAUGUUCAGCCUUAAAAAUGACCUCCUGAAAGCUAUAACCCCAUGGAUUGGUAAUGUGAUCCUGCCUCCACCAGACAACACAUUUUGCGAAGGUGAUAUUGUUGGAAUAAAAGCAGCCGACAUCCCUCUCCAAAAGACAUCAGUGCUUUUAUUUUUCAUCAAAGCUUUUCACAUAGAUGUCAUGGGUUGCAGAAAGGUCAUUGGAAUUCAGCAAAAGAUAAGCAUUGAGAAGCCUAUUGCUAUAUCUAAGCCGAGAACAGAUCCUCCUAAAACAGUGGCAGCGAUGCUUCAGGAAGCAAACCAGAAAGCUGAACACAAGAAACCUGCAGAACCUCCUCAACAUUCACCUCCUCUGCAGCCAGUUCAUCACCUUGACCCUCCCCAGUUGCCAGACAGGCAGAUGAUGCCCCCUGCUUUAAUUCAUCCCAACAAUAUUGUCAUUACACAGCCAAACAUGCAGGAGGCAGUGCAACCUUUAAUGCUUAAAGGACAGAAAAUAUCACUGCUACCACAGUCACCACCGCAAGCUAUAUCACCGAUUCCUCUACCGCUACUACAACAGACACCGCCAGCGCAACCCAUCACAACCUCAACGUCCCAAUCACCAAGUGUAGAGGACUCAAACAGCAUCCAAUCUAUGAAACGCAUUCGCAAACCUACUGAGAAGGUCCAAGCCCAAAUGGAAGAAGCUAAAGUUAAAAGUACAAAAAAAGAGCCACCGAAACAAAAAAAGAGCAAAAAUGUUGCUUUACCGACCAUUACAUUGCAGGCACAGCCAGUAAACUGGAUUCUUAGCCCCACCGGUUUAGUACAAGUAACUGGUCCACUUUCUGCCAAUAUCCCAAGCAACCAGAUGCUGAACGUGCCAAACAAUUCCCUGCUAAAUAACAGUAUUCGUCCAUACACCUUAACCAAUUUAUACCCAUCGUCAUCUGCCCUUGUUGUUGCUUCUUCCUCUGUCAAUCCUGGCCUUAUAAGUUCUUCAGUCUCUUAUGCCUCCAGCUUUACCCAAAAGACUUCCUCCUCUAUGAACAUUAGCCCCAGAGGUAAUAAUUCAUGCAUCCAGAUGCCUCCUUCAACUACUACUAGUUUAGUAUUGAACCAAAGUAUGUUAUCCCAAGCACCUACCAAAGUUGACCAGGGAGGUUCUCAUGUUGAAUCUACAAAGAACUCAUCAGACUCCUCCUCUGAUGAAACCAUUGUAAGGCAAUGUCAGUCAUCUCCAUCAACAGGUCCCAGUGCAUCUCAUGCUGUUGCCAGUAUUCUUCCGGUUCCCUUAACUGUGCCAGCUUUCGCUAGUGGACCAACAAAUGAAGUGGUAAAGCCUUGUGGUGUUUCUGAAAAUGGCUGCUUUCCUGUGAGAACUAGUCAGCUGCCAACUGUCAUCCAACAGAAAAGUUUGCCCGUCACAAGAUCGAGACCAAUUUGUGCUUCUAGAAGACAUCUCCAACGUCUGGCUCCUGCCCCACAGAUUGUAGCUCCAUCAUUUCAUGUUGUAGCUCCAUCACCUCAGUUUGUAGCUCCAUCAUUUCAUUUUGUAGCGCCGUCACCUCAUGUUGUAGCUCCAUCACUUCGUAUUGUAGCUCCAUCACCUCUUGUUGCAGCUCCAUCAGUAGUACCUCAAUUCACAACAUCAAAUGAUCCAUUGAUCCCUAUUCCUCCUGAUCCUCCCUCUGAUGGUGUGAGCUUCGAUCCUCACUUGAUAUUUCCUGAGCAGUCAUCUGAAGUAGAGGACUGGAUAAAUGGAAAAGGUGGAAUUCCCAUACCUCAUCUAGAGAUGUCUUUGCCUUACCUUCCACCGUCUGCCGCCAGCAUCAAAACACUGACUUCUUUGCUCAAGGCUAAACAAUCUCUGCUUACAACUGCAGUGAAAAGCCUUCCAGUUGAGUAUCAAAAUGACAUGGGAGAAGAAGCUCAAGUAGCUGCCAUCCGCAAAAUGAUUGCCGAAAGGUUUGCCUCAAAUCCAGCGUACCUGCUUUUCAAGGCUCGUUUCUUGUCGUGCUUUACCUUACCAGCUCUUUUGGCCACCAUAAACCCCUCUGAGAACGAGAAAUGCGAGUCAUCCACAGAUAACAAUGAUGAUGAGGAGGAGGAAUUACCUUUACUACAGAGGGGAAAAAGAGUUCACCCACCAGUUGCAAAGAUUGAGCUUAACAUGAAUGAAAACGAAGCAUCAGCAAAACAGUUCUCAGGAAUCAUUACAUAAAGGCAAAGGAGUUUACGUCAAGUUACAUAGGAUUCAUCAGUUGUUCAAUAUCCAUACAGAAUCCAUACUGUUCAAUUGUGCACCAGUGCUAAUAGCUUCAGAUUCUGUUCAAUCUGACUUUUUAUCAGUUUAAGGGACCAGUCAGAUAUUCUGUGUUCUUAGCACUGAUUUAUUUUACUCCAUCCACAUGUUUUGUUUGUGUCCUGGCAAUUUUCUUGGAGAAAAAAAGACACUGAAUUUGCACAGACCUGUUGUUAAAUUAUUGUUAAAUUAUUUUAUACUUUUGUUUUGUUGCUGUUAUUGUUUCUUGAAUAAAUUAUGUAGAAUUGUGAAA